AUGAGCAACUCCAUCUCGAGUGCGACGUGGGCGCUUCUCGUGUUGUCCUGGCUCUUCGUCUGCCUGCGAUGCGGCGUGCGGAUUUUCCUCGUCAAGUCGUUCGGCUUUGACGACUGGCUGAUGCUCCUUAGUCAGAUCGCGUACACGAUCUGGGGAAUAUGCCUGCUACUAGGCGUGCACGCCGGAAUGGGCCACCACAUGGCCGAACUGACCCCGGAGCGGAUCAUGCAGGCGAUGAAGUACUGGUACAUAUGCGGCGGCCUAUACUGCUUCGUCACGACGCUGGUCAAGGUGGCCGUCGGCUUCUUCCUGCUGCGCGUCAUCGUCCACCCCGUGCAGAAAUAUGUCAUCUGGGGCACGCUGGCCGUGUCGACCGGAUACGGCAUCUUCAUGAUCGUCGGCACCUUGGCCCAGUGCGACCCGCCGCAGAAGUUCUGGGACAACAACAUCGACGGCUCGUGUGGCAACCGCGCCGGCGGCGUCUGGACCGGCUACGUGCACGCCGCCAUCAGUGCCGCUGUCGACUUCAUCAUGGCUGGGAUUCCCUUCUUCAUGCUGCGCCACUCCAACCUCGGCUGGAAGAAGCGCGUGGCCAUCUACCUAAUCAUGUCGCUGGGAUCAUACGCCGCCAUCACCACCCUCAUCCGCGCCAGCACCAUCGACGACCUCACCAAAUCUGGCGACUACCUCUACAACAUCACCUCCAUCACCAUCUGGUCCUGGGUCGAGCCCGGCGUCGGCAUCAUCGCCGCCUGCAUGGCGACCCUCCGCCCGCUCGUGCGUGUCGUCUUCGAGCGCACCGGCAUCUCCAAAUCCGGCAGCAAAACGCGUUCGACCACCGCGCGUUUCGACCCGGACGUGAACCUCGACGAACUGCGUGGCGAAUCCGGCGUGACGGUGACGAACAUCGAGGCGCGGGAGAGCCCGAGCCCGGAAAGGACGCCAAACGGCGGGAAAAGGAGGAGGAGCAGUACUGGGGGCGAGAGCGGGAAUUCGGAGUCGGGCUGGCAGAGUUUUGGGAGCCAGGAGCAUGUGUUGCAGAGUAACACGAGGAUUAAGAGGAGCGUGCAGGUUACGAUUUCUACGUCGGAUGCUGCGGACCUUAAUGAAAUCCAGUCGGUGAGGUCGCCGAUGGGUGUGAAACGAGUUUUAUAG